CCACGGAUGUUGACGAGGCGUAUGGAACGAGCUCAGUUACAAUUAACGUCCAAGGAGAAGUUGGUGAAAAUGCUCACCUAAAGGUAUCGAAAACUGCCGAAAUUUCAACUUGGCAAGCUGAAUCACCAGAUAGCUCUCAAAACCCAGAGGAACCAGUUGAUCAAGCCUUAACUUAUCGAUGCCCGAUCUGUGGACGAGGAUUUCAACAUCAAUCACAUCUCUUAAGGCACCAGGAUUCUCAUGCUACCGAACGUUUUUUCAAAUGCAAUAUUCAGACCUUGCCAAGCAAGCAUGUUGACGAGGCGUAUGGAACGAGCUCAGUUACAAUUAACGUCCAAGGAGAAGUUGGUGAAAAUGCUCACCUAAAGGUAUCGAAAACUGCCGAAAUUUCAACUUGGCAAGCUGAAUCACCAGAUAGCUCUCAAAACCCAGAGGAACCAGUUGAUCAAGCCUUAACUUAUCGAUGCCCGAUCUGUGGACGAGGAUUUCAACAUCAAUCACAUCUCUUAAGGCACCAGGAUUCUCAUGCUACCGAACGUUUUUUCAAAUGCAAUAUGUGUUCAAGCACCUAUAAGCACCAGUCAGACCUUGCCAAGCAUAAGAGAAAAAGACACGUGGAUGAAUAUGUUCCGCGUGAUAAGUCAACGAGGGAACAAAUACUUGCAUCGGAACAGGCAGGACAUCCAUGUCUUGAAUGCGGCAAGCAGUUUAAACAUUGGAGAAAUAUGAAAAAGCACCGAAGAAUUGUGCAUCCCGGAACGGCGGGUCUUGUUUGCGAAAAAUGCGGCAUGUCGUUUCCUCGUGAACUCCAUUUAAACAGACAUAUCAGGCAGGUGCACGAACGUGAGAACAAGUUUCCUUGCCCCCACUGCCCACAAUCACUCUCAUAUGCGAGGACUCUGAUGUUGCACAUCAGAAACAUGCAUAAACCUGAGCAAGCUGACGAAACACCUGUGGGUCAACAGCAGGGGCUUU